UCUCUGGUCGUCCACCUGAACUGGCUAAAUGAGUUUAGUCAGCAGAUGACUUUUUCAUCGCCGGAAUAUCGCUGAACGACUUCGAUGAACAGGAAAGGCUGCCUUCCCUUCGCUAGGUAAGUAACCAUUUCUUGUUUGACACAUCGGUAUUUUCACUCGCAUUGAUAUUUCAUUGUUCCGCUUUGAUACAGGCGGUUAACAAUACUCAAGAGUAAGGAGUUAUAAUAUAACUUAUUAACUUUUACUAUUUUUAUCAUCCAAUCACAGGUCGGAGCCAUUCCUGUAUUUAUUCGCUUGUGAUAAAUGUGUAUCGAGUCCUCGCAGAAAAAAAAAAAAACUCUGGUCUCUAGACGAGGAAAACUGACACCAUAAUAAGGUGGUGUGCUAAGGGUUGUGUAACUAGAAUAAUAAUUGAAGUUAUCAUCAACAGGCACACCCUUGAAACCUGGCAGUAUGAUAUCUAAUAGAUUCACAGCGCCCUUCCUCCAUAAAUUGUUAGUGUCAUUAAUAUAUAUUUUACCGAGUGGCAGGAAAAAAUUGAGUUAAAGCGAGUAAAAGUAGGCGAGCCUUGAAUUCGCAUUAAUCAAUUUAUCAGUUGUGGCAAGUUUGCAGAAUAUUAUACCCACCACCUCCCGCUGAGUCACAUUUUGGUUGCACUAUCGGGGAGGCCCAGUCCGGUGUCAAUUUCUUGUUUAUCGUUCUCAGGUGGUUUUAUCGUUGUGUUUCACAUUUGGUCUUCCUUCAUGCGACCGAAUAUGUGGCUAUGGGCUUUCAUGGAAAGUUGAAGUUUUGUUUUAGUUUAGUCGCCGUCGCCUCGACUGCUGCUGGAAUUUUUUUCAUUUAUGUGUGCUCGCGAAUCAGUUGUCAAAAUGCGAGCAAAGGAAGCAGCAUGGCGGAAUAUAAAGCUGGAAGGGUUAAUUAUUUUGAAGGAAACAUCGGAAAAGAGUUUCAAUUCGAUCUCGAAGGAAAUGAUAUAAUUGUAUUCUUGCACAUGCAAAAAACCGGCGGAACGAAAUUUGGUAAACAUCUGGUGAAAAACUUAGACAUAAAACAUCCAUGUGACUGCGUACGUAGGAGGAAGAGGUGUGAUUGUAGGCGACCCAACUCAAAUGAGAUAUGGUUGUUUUCACGUUACUCUAUGGGAUGGCCUUGUGGACUGCACGCCGAUUGGACUGAAUUGAAAGUUUGUGUUCCAGGGCUUAUAAACAAAUUGGAAGGUGGCAAAAGAUCUAGGAAAUUCCUUUAUAUAACGAUCUUACGCGAACCUGUAUCAAGGGUGUUGAGCGAGUUAAAGUGUUACCAGAAAGGUACAACAUGGAAAAUGUCUUUGCACAAGUGUAACGGCAGAGUCCCAACUAAAGAAGAACUUCCACCAUGUUAUACUGGAGAAAACUGGGAAGAUGUCACGCUGCAAGAAUUUUUGAACUGUUCAUCGAAUCUGGCCUUCAAUCGGCAAACGCGGAUGUUGGCUGAUUUGGAACUUGUUGGUUGUUACAACAGAAGCGCGAUGUCACGCGUUCCGAGAGAGGAGAUUUUGUUAGAAAGCGCUAAGAGAAAUCUUGCGAGUAUGGCGUAUUUUGCUCUGGUGGAGUACCAGCUUGAAAGUCAAUAUCUAUUCGAGAGAACCUUUGGAAUGAAAUUUCGACAACAAUUUGUGCAAAUGAGUAAGGAAGAGACUCGAGCGGCUGAGGUAGUUCCUAGUUCUAAGGAUCUUGCGCAUAUUCAAGAACUUAACAAACUAGACAGCAAGUUGUAUUCCUUCGCCAAAGAACUGUUCUUUGAAAGACUGAAAUAUUUUAAAGAACGGGACAAGGAAGGCAUAUCUCAGGUGUGAUCUUCUUUGUGAAGCCUCCAUACGCCAUCAUUUUCUUUCCGCACAUUUAUUCAUUGUUAUAAUUUUUAACGCAAUCCGACACCUGAACGAAAUUAGGUUCCAUAUGAAACCCGUGAAUUUUUUAUCAUUUAUUCAGACAAGAUUAUAUUGCGAUUUCAACUUUGUUCCCUCUAAAUUAUGUAAAAGCUUAAAAGUGCCACUAUUUUGCUUUUGUAACAGAAAUUGUUUUAUAGUAAAUGUUGGUAAAGAGGGAGGUUAAUCAGGUGAUUUUGCACAUCACGUAUUUGCGUCGACCUUAUUCGAAAUGGCCCUAUUCCUAGUGGAGUGUUCUUAAAUUUAAAAUCCUUGGCUCGAACUGGCCAGGGGGAAAAUAGAAGGUUACCAAAAAAAAUGUAAUAAAUGAAUCUUUGGUGGUCUCUCAGAUAUCCAAUACAGUCAGGCGUUUUAAGGUUCUUUGUUCCUUUCGCUUGGAUUCUUAAGCCUGGUGCCGACCAAUGGAACCAGCUAUUUUAACUUGCCUGAUAAACAAAUUAAGAAAUAUAAACAAAACAUGAAAGUGAUCUAAGGUGCUUUUCCUUGAAAGUUGAACUGGAAUUUAAACCGAAAUUGGAUGAAAUCCAAUACGGUCUCAACAAGUUUUUUGCUUCUACACGAAGGCUUACUUUAUUUUCAUUUUUAAAAGUCUCCUCUUGUAGUGUUAUUUUGUUUUUAAACAUAAUAAUGGCAUUCCUCCUCUGGGAAGGGAGUGUGUUGCAUAAAGAGCUGAGCCUCAAGUAAAAUGAAACAUGGGAGGAAGUGUAUUGCAUAAAGAGCUGAGCCUCAAGUAAAAUGAAACAUUUGACAACACCAUUAAUUGCAGGAAAAAUUAAUAAAAUUUAAAGAAAAUA